AUCCAUCCAUUCUAAUUUCUAUAAAAUUGUACUUACAAAAAUUUCAGGAAGUAGAGCGCUCCGCCGCGGCGGCGGCGGCGGCGGCGACCGGUACGGUCAUGACUCAUGGUCAACGACGCGUAGGUCUUGAGAAAUGGUUCGGCCGCCUGUCACAUUUGAAUAUAAAUGUUUUAUAUUUGCUUUUUUGGAUUCGAGAAAUUGGUCAGAAGCAUCACCGUUCGACAGCGUCGAUUCUCCAUCUGCAAACCAUCGCUCUGUUCCAUUUCUGCUGCACCUGUUUUUUUACAGAAAUUGUUGCUGGAAUCUCCUCAAUCCACGAACGAGAAAAUCGAAUUCUCGGAGUUUUUUUCCUUCUUUUUCAGCGGCGGAGAUGAGGAACAGAGCGCCGGUGGCGAUUGGAGGCGUGGGGAAGGACUUCUGGUUGCACCGGCAGGGCAGCGGCCGUGAAUUUUCGCUUCCGAGUGUUGGUAGCGAGCAUGAUUUGGGAGCUAUGGUGAGAGAUUUCAUAGAAAUCGGAAGCGCCGGCGGCGGCGAGUCCUGGUGUAGCAGCGAUGGCGAUUCUGAUUUCUCCGACCUAGCUUACCUGAGGGACAAAAUUUCGCUCUACAAGAACUCGGACGAUCAAUACGAAUCCGACUUGAGAAUGGUUGUCGGAUCAAUAGCUCUCUCAAUAACUGAAACCGAAACUAAUCAAGUCGAGGAGUCGCAUUUAUGCAAUUCGAUGCCGAGAUGUAUCCUUUACUCGAUGGCAACUCUUCUGCAGUCUUCCGGCUACGAUGCUGCUAUAUGCGCGACCAACUGGCACGGCUCUAGCAAAGUCCCCGGAGGCGAACACGAGUUCAUAGACAUCGUGGCGCGCAAUAAACGGUACAUCAUCGAUAUAGACUUCCGAGCUCACUUCCAAAUAGCGAGAGCUGUGAAGCCGUACGACGCAGUCCUGCAAUCGCUUCCCCUGAUCUUCGUCGGCACAAUUACAAAGCUGAAGCAACUCCUCGAAAUCAUGGUCGAAGCUGCUAGAUAUUCGCUCGACCAAAACUCGAUGCCUCUACCUCCUUGGAGAUGCUUGCCUUAUCUCGAGGCCAAAUGGGAGUCCCCUUGCCGGAGGAUGCUCGGCAUCCCCGCACACACGUGCUCUUCCUGCGUCGGUUUGCUCCGGCGACUUAGGUCCUUCGUCGAACCCGAAUUUUGGAAAGAUGGAUACAAACUUCAUUGAAGAAAACAACCAAAUCGUCUAAAGAAAGACCAAGAAGUCCUUACUUGUGUUUGUUGGAGAUUUUGUUUAGAUUUUUACGAUUUAUUGAAUUUUUUUCUCUAAAGAUCAAAUAAAAUACAUUAUUUAUUUAUAUCAAAUUAAAUAAGUAUUUUAAUUUAAAAUUUUAUUAUUUUAAUCUAAGCGUAGGCAAUUUUAGAAACUCCACUC